UUGCACCCCGCAUCCCCAUCAACCCCUCGCUCUCAUGGCCGACAAGCUGGACGUUCUCCUCUACGGGCUCGGAGCCAUCGGCUCCUUCUACGCCUUCAUCCUGCACCGCACCAACCGAGUCCGUCUCACCGUCGUCGCCCGGUCAAACUACACGGCCGUCAAAGAAAAUGGCAUCCUUCUCAAAAGCGCCAACCACGGCGACCACCACUUCCACCCGGACCGAGUAAUCCACUCACCCUCCGAACUCACCCACCCCCCCUCCUACAUCAUCUGCACCAACAAAGCCAUCGACACCGCCAACAUCAUCCACUCUCUCGCCCCCGCAAUCAACCAAAACACCACCAUCGUAAUCAUCCAAAACGGCGUCGGAAACGAAGACCCCUUCCGCGCCGCCUACCCCACAUCCACAAUCAUCUCUUGCGUCACAUGGGUCGGCGCCUCCCAACCCACCCCAGGCGUAACCAUCCACACCACAUCCGAAGAAACCGAACUCGGCCUGUACCCUAACCCCACCAAUUCCCCAAGUACCGAAUCCACCCGGCUCACAACUUUCACUUCGCUCCUCGCACAGGGCCAAACGCCCUACACGAUCCACGAGGACAUCCAACCCACACGGUGGGGAAAGGUUAUCUGGAACUGUGCGUGGAAUACCCUCACUACGCUGACGGGGCAGGAUACACAGGCCUUUUUGCAGUCCUCUGAGGAUGCGAUCCCGUUGACGCGGCGACUUAUGGGCGAGGUUCUCGGUGUGGCGCGCGCAAGCGGGGUGAGUCUUCCGGAUGGGUUGAUUGAUACGCAGAUAGCUAGGAUUCAGGGUCUGGGGGCCGUGCGAACGAGUAUGCAGGUUGAUCGGGAGAAUGGACGGGCGAUGGAGAUAGAGGUUAUUGUGGGGACGGUGGUGAGGAAGGCGAGGGAGGUGGGGGUUGAGACGCCGGUGUUGGAUACGUUGUAUGUUUUGUUGAGGGCUGUGGAUGGGGGGAGGAAGAAGGGGGAGGAGGAGGGGAAGAUUUGAUGUGAUGUGAUGUGAUUGUUUGUUUAGGGUGGAGGGGGUUGAAGUGCAUAUCCAGGUAUGGAUAUAGUGGGGAGAUAGCUGGAAAGAGAAAUACUCUUCAGAUCCAGGAAUAGGUGGGCAUGUCGUACAAAUUGGCUUGGCAGGUGGAUAAACCCGGUCGGACUUACAUUAGGGCCGUGUAGAUGACCCCGGGCUGAGUGACGAGUAGGAUCCGACGUCCCUCCCAAAUGGACUCGCCUAGGUGGCAGUUGUAGACGUGGAAUCUCAUGUGAUCAGUGCCAC